AUGACAGCAAUACGAAAAAAACUAGUGAUUGUAGGAGAUGGUGCUUGUGGUAAAACGUGCCUCUUGAUCGUUUUCAGUAAAGAUCAAUUUCCAGAAGUUUAUGUUCCAACUGUCUUUGAAAACUAUGUAUCAGAUAUUGAAAUUGAUGGCAAACAAAUUGAAUUGGCAUUAUGGGAUACGGCCGGUCAGGAGGAUUAUGACCGAUUACGACCACUGUCUUAUCCUGAUACAGACGUUAUUCUUAUGUGCUUUGCUAUCGAUAGUCCUGAUAGUUUAGAAAAUAUUCCUGAGAAAUGGACUCCUGAAUGUAAACACUUUUGUCCACGUGUGCCAAUUGUACUCAUAGGUAACAAGAAAGAUCUACGGCACGAUGAAGGAGCUAAGCGUGAACUGAUGAAAAUGAAGCAGGAACUAGUUCGAUCUGAUCAAGGUCAAGCAAUAGCGGACAAAAUUGGUGCAGUUGGAUAUCUUGAAUGUUCUGCUAAGACAAAAGAAGGUGUGCGCGAAGUAUUUGAAUUCGCUACACGUUCGGCUUUAUCGCAUAAAGGCAAGCGGAAACGAGGCUGUUGCUUAUUUUGA